AUGUCCACCAAAAAACGGAAAUCCUUCCUAGGAGGCCUAUCCUCCCCACGGCAUCCACCAAUGUCCUCCGCGGGCGGCCUACCAACACCCACGACAGCGACAUUUCAAGCGCAACGAACUGCGUCCAACCCGAUCAAGGCAGCGUUUAGUGACCUUAUCCCGCGUGGAAGAAGGUUUUUCUCUGCUGAGUUCUGGAGAAGGAAGAAGGAGGAGGAGACUUUGCAGCAACGGCCGUCGUUGUCACAGUGCCCACCCCCACCAGCGCCCACAGAGGGGCGGCGACCAUCGACGGCCCUUCCACCCACGCUACGACCACCACCACUACAUACCCCACAUGCGCCAGAACGAGAGGUCGAGCAAAAUGACGACUGGGAAACACAAUCCGACACGGCCUACGAAUCCCUCCGCACCUCCCCCCGUACCGAACGUGCUCGCGCCGACGACGUCUUUGCACCCCCGGUAGACGCACCCCGUAGUUCGAAGGUAUGGGGAAAAGCGCACAGGGCUACGAAGAGCCUCGUGCCACCAAGACUCGCGUUUGUGUCUGAGACACCUCCCAGUAGAGGGACGAGUGCGGAGGAGAGUUUGGAGGUAUUAUUGGCCAGGAAAGAGGAGUUAAGACCACCGAUACCGGUGUUGGGGGAAGAGAUGUGGAAUGCUUCGGCGCCGAACCUGAGUCCAGAACGACGGGUCGACAAACGCUCCAGUACCGCGACGAUCCGACACGACACCCUUCCCCCACCUGCCUUUGGGGUGUCGAAUGAAUUCGUACGACGACCGAGUACGGCUAGUACCAUCAAACCCAUGGCCAUACCCACCCCAAUCACCACCAGCAUCACGAAAGAAGAGUACUCUAGCUCCGUAAGCUCAAAUGCCAUGACGCCAUCGACACUCGCCCAAGACCGCGAAUCAGAUUCCGAUAUCUCGGAUUGGGACGCGAGCGCGAGCGAGGACGAGGAUUCGUCUACCCUCAAACCCAGCUUACCGACGAGGAGUGAGUACGCGGGUAUGUUGAGGGGUGGGGGACACGAGAGAGCGAAGAGCACGAGUUUCGUGGAGGGUGGGAGUGGGACCGGAAGUUUCUCUACGGCAGGUGAGAGUUGGGAUGAGGAUUUCGAUAUUGCGCCUUCUUCUCCGCUUUCUGGACAAUCCGAAUCUGAGGAAGAAGAUUCGAUUACGCUACAACAACCGCGGCGACCGAUGACUGCACGAUCCACUACCAUCCCCGGCGAUAGAGCGUCCAGAGCAAGUGGGAAGGGGGGUAGAGGGAGUGUCAGGUUUUCAGUCCCGACGAGUAUUGUAGAGCGUCAAGCGAGUAUUCGGGGGCAUCUCACCAACGUGAAGGAAUUCGCGAAACUGGUGGAGGAACUCAAGACUCUCCUUGCUCGACACGCAUACAGGGAUGAUGAAGAGGGGGAGGACGGGGUAUUGUGGGCGGAAGCGGAAGCGGUGCUUGAUUUUGCGAGCACUGACCCCGAAACAUCUACACCGCGACCGCGACCGCGACCGCGACCACGGACCUCACCUCCCUCUCUGUCAUCUUCGACGACAUCCGUCGCUACUUCCACCACCACGACCCCCGACAUACCCCUUGGCUUUAGUCACGAAGGCGCUGAAGGUGGGAAAGAUUCAAGGAGAAUUAGGAUGGACGCACGAAGCGUGAUGGGGAAGGUUAGAGGGAGGGCGUAUACGGUCGACGAGAGUGUUCAUGUCGAUACGGAGACGUUGCCGGGGUUAGUUGAAUAUGUUAGGGGCUUGAGAGAGAGGUUGGUGGUGUCACUGGGAGAGGCGUAG